AUGACUGAAAUUCCUCAAGAAAUCCUUGAUGAAUUACUAGGAAGGGAUUCUAAUUCUACAGAUGAUGAAAUUGUUCAUUCUAACCCUCUAAAUUCCCCUUCUGUUCCCAUAGAUACCUUAGCGAUACCUGAUGAACCUUACUCUCAAACAGAACCAGAACCGCAACCUUCGACUAGUUGGCAAAAUCCUGAAACCUUACCUGUAUCAACUUACCCAAGUCCAGAAACUCCUCAUUCAGUUCCUGAAAGUACAUUAUUAUCCGACGAAACCUAUAACAAAUUUUUAAAAUCACCCGCAAAAUUAUAUGAUACAUCCAUUACAGAACAUAAUGAAAAUUUACUGAAAGGAAUACAGAAAUUGGUAAUAAUACCAACCUCAUUGGACUUGGACGAUCUAUGCCCUAUGUCCAAGAAG